GUACUUCGAUAUUUGGAAAUUAUUUGUCAAUCAACAGAAUUAGAAUGGCCCGUUAUAGUAACGAGACCGGAGAUGGAAAUAUUGAUCCAGCAUCCAUAGUUUCUAACGUUAAAAAUAAUAUCAAGCAGGAAAUUAUAAAAGAGCUUCUACAUGGAUCAUUUCAAGACAAUAAAACAAAGCUUGGUAACGAUGCUCUAACUUUGGUUGUCGAAGUGGCAAAAUGUCUUGUCACAGAAACUUGCCUUCGGGCAUCUAGCCAAGCAUUAAAAGAAAACUGCGACAAAGUUGACAUUGAGCAUGUUGAAAAAUGUUUACCACAGCUGAUGCUGGACUUUCCAUAACUGUGAAAAAAAUUUCAAACUUUCUCAUAGGUUUUUUUACACACAUGACAUCCAAUAUGUGCCAUUAUCAUAAUGUUCUACGAGUUAAUUUAUUUAUGAGAAUAUAUUUUCUAAAUUGACUUAUUUUUGUUAAUGAGAAUGGAGCCCAAUAUAUAAUAUUAAUAAAUUAUUAUGUGGGAA